CGAGAACUUGAUGCAACGGCAACAGUGUUGGCUAACCGACAAGAUGAAAGUGAACAAUCAAGAAAGAAACUUAUUGAACAAAGCCGUGAGUUCAAGAAAAACACUCCAGAAGACUUACGCAAACAGGUAGCUCCACUAUUGAAGAGUUUCCAGGGAGAGAUUGAUGCAUUAGGCAAAAGAAGCAAAGAAGCAGAAGCCGCGUUCCUAAAUGUCUACAAGAGAUUAAUUGAUGUUCCAGAUCCUGUUUCAGCUCUAGAUCUGGGGCAGCAGCUCCAGUUGAAAGUCCAGCGCAUGCACGAUAUUGAAACUGAGAACCAGAAACUUAGGGAAACCCUUGAGGAAUACAACAAAGAAUUUACGGAAGUGAAAAAUCAAGAGGUGACAAUAAAAGCACUUAAAGAGAAAAUUCGGGAAUAUGAGCAGACCCUGAAGAAUCAAGCCGAGAACAUUGCUCUUGAAAAAGAACAAAAGUUGCAAAAUGACUUUGCUGAGAAAGAAAGAAUGUUACAAGAGACGCAAAUGUCAACGGCCUCAAAGCUGGAGGAAACCGAACACAAACUUCAGACGUUACAAACAGCCUUGGAAAAAAAACAGACAGAAUUAUUUGACCUGAAGACAAAAUACGAUGAGGAAAUGACAGCAAAGUCAGAUGAAAUUGAGAUGAUCAUGACAGACCUUGAAAGAGCAAAUCAAAGGGCAGAGGUAGCUCAAAGAGAAGCAGAGUCCUUGAAGGAGCAACUCUCAUCUGCAAACAAAUCUCUCCAGCUGGCUAACCAGAUUCAGAAAGCACCGGAUGUGGAGCAGGCCAUUGAAGUGUUGACACGAUCCAGCCUGGAAGUAGAACUGGCCUCCAAAGAACGAGAAAUUGCUCAGCUGGUGGAAGAUGUUCAGAGACUCCAAGGCAACCUUACCAAACUUCGGGAAAAUUCCACCAGCCAGAUCUCCCAGCUCGAGCAGCAGCUGACUGCCAAGAACAGCACUCUCAAACAACUGGAAGAAAAGUUGAAGGUGCAAGCUGACUAUGAUGAGGUUAAGAAAGAAUUAAACAUCCUGAAGUCCAUGGAGUUUGCGCCAUCUGACGGCUCAAGCAUCCAGGAUGCUACAUCAAAACCACUGGAGGUCUUACUGCUGGAGAAAAACCGCCUGCUGCAGUCGGAAAAUGCCACGCUGCGGAUCACAAACAGUGACCUGAGCGGCCGCUGUACUGAUUUGCAGAUCCAGUUCACUGAAGCUGUCUCUGCAGUGGCCGACCAGAAAGACCUGAUUGCGAAACUGGAGCAUGAUCUCACCACCAUGCAGUCACUGUCUGCCAUGCAUCGCCCAGAUGCUGAGGGGGCUGCCAUGCAGAACCUGGAGACUGUUCCUGAGCCCAUUAAAGAAGCAACGGCACUUUUCUAUGGCCAUCCAUCGUCAGCAAGCACCCAGGUUCCAGAAGGUCAAGUCGAUUCUCUGCUCUCGAUCAUCUCUAGCCAGAGAGAGCGUUUCCGGGCCCGGAACCAUGAGCUGGAAGCGGGAUCUGGCAGUGAUGACACAGAGUUGCGUUACUCUUCCCAAUAUGAGGAACGCCUGGAUCCAUUCACCUCUUUCAGUCGAAAGGAACGUCAGAGGAAGUACCAAAGUCUCAGCCCAUGGGAUAAAGCCACCCUUAGCCUGGGAAGACUCGUCCUUUCCAACAAGAUGGCUCGUACUAUUGCUUUCUUCUACACACUCUUUUUGCACUGCCUUGUUUUCCUGGUUCUCUACAAGAUAGCUUGGAGCGAGAGCGUGGGAAGAGACUGUUCGGCCUAUUGUGCUAAAAAGUACGCCGACCACCUGCACAAGUUCCAUGAGAAUGGAGAGAAUGAGAAUAUCUGGAAGUGAAGGUGGAGCCACGCACGAGCGGAUUAAGCCUAUACCCCACCCCAGAGCUGCCCUGCUUUCACCUUCGUCCUUCUCUUCUUCUUCCCCUACAAAAAUGUUGAUGGGUCCAAAACAAUCGAAUAACUGGAGCUAAACACUUUGCAUCCCAUGGCCCCUAAAUCCAUGUGCCCCCUCCCUCCAAGUAUUCCUCCAAACAAGAACCACCAAUAUUGGACAGAAAAUUGCUCAGUUCAGUACUCCCAGGUUUUGUUCUCUGGCCAGUGUUUCUCAGCCUUGGUGACUUUAAGAUCUGGGGAGUUCAACUCCCAGAGUUGAAUUCUGGGACUUGAAGUCCACAGAUCUUAAAGUCACCAAAGCUGAGAAAUACUGGCCUCGGCAAAAUAGCAUUGAACAUCUGGCCAACUGAACACAUAUAUGUGAAUGAAGAAAAUAUAAACAUACAUAAACUUAGCAAUGUUGCCCCCCGCAUUCCCUGUUGUUCUCUAGCAAUGGGGUGGAUAGUUAUGUAUGACUGAUAAAGUUGCCCCACUCGUAAUUUAGAGAAAGGGGAGGUCCUUGAAUUUCACUCAAUGGUCUCUAGCUGUGACAGAUUCACACAUCCUGGUAGAUUUUUUAGCUCUGCCUUGGAGACCCAUUUGUUUCACACGGCAAUCAAAACUGUGAACAUUCCAGAUUGCCCACAUGAACAGCUGCAGGCAUCCCUUGGGGAAAUUGGUAUCGAGAUAGCCUGGGAGACUUAUAUUUACAUGUGAGCGUGUGACCAAUUGAAGUAAAACCCAGGAAGUUGGAGUUUGGCUUGUCUUAAAUGGGGAAGUUGAAUUAUAUCUUAAAACUUGUCCAUUGGGGCAUUUUUCUAAGGUCCUGAAAAGAAUCAAAUAUCUUGCAAUGUCAUUGAUUUAACUUGAUUUCUAAUUCUUUAAGUCAGUGUUCCUCAACCUUGCCAGAUUUUAGACAGGUGGAUUUCAACUCCCAGAAAUCUGGAAAUUGACGUCCACUCGUCUUAAAGUUGCCCAAGGUUGAGAAACACUGCUUUAAAUCAUUAUUUAAAGGAUAGGAACAAAUUGUAUCUGCGAGUAUCCUUUCAAUUUCUCUUCUCCCUGAUCUGCUCAGUUGACGGAACAGGUUUUUUAUUUCUAAAAUCCCAUCCCUGCGACGCCCAAAUAGAUAGUGGUUUGCAUGAGUUCUCUGAACCACGCAAGCUUCUAGAGUAACCUGCUUCGUGCUUCUUGUGCAAAUCAUCCUGCCUGGCUUUUAAAUAUAUAUAUUAUUCAGCAAGGAAAUCUUGUAAUCAUCCAGACAUAGGAGAGAAAUUGUGUGUGUGUGUGUGCGUGCGUGCGUGCAGACGGCUCCAGGGAUGUGUCAAAAGCAAUCAAGACAACCUGAUCAAACGCCAUCCCAGGACUUUGAUCCUGAGGCCACACAGCCACCAUCUUGGCUUAUUUGACCCCCUGUGGAUGCCUCAUAAAAGCUUUUUUUCCUCCUCAUGAUGGCACAGGCAGAUCAGAAAACACAGAGCCACUGUUGUAUGUUGAAGUUUCUUCAAUAGAUUUCAGAGCUCCCUCCCAGGUUUGACCCCCCAGUGUAAAUUUCUGCCAUUCUGAAAUAAAAUAUCCUUACCAGGAUGGCUUUGCUAAAGAAAGGAAUCCCUUCUAAGGAGAGGUGCUAACAGUAUCUGCUAAUGGGAGAUGCUUUCUGUUUAACCAGAGAAGGAAAUGCUCUCCAGAAAAGCGUGCGCAAACUUCAUGCCAAUUCUUUGUUAAUUCUGUUGUGAUUUAUAGAUUUCCCCGCAUUGUGAACAUACUGGGGGAAGCCCCAGACAGCCUCUUUGGCCAUUUUGGGAUUGAAUAAUGCAACCAUGAAUCACACGCAGAAAAAGGAAGGGGCUAAGCUGGGUGACUCCACCGUACGCUACUGGCGGCGUCUGUAAAACAACAACUGGUUUUGUUUAAGACUCCGGUUGAAGUGGAAAAACAAACAUGGAGAAAAGACGCCUUAUCGGCUUUGGAAGUGGCAUAGUAAAUAUUCUUCCUUUUGCGUGGAGGCAGGAAAUUUCUGUUUCAGAAUGCUUUUCCUCUUCCUUACUCCGUAGGGUGUGGGGCACCGUAGCAAUGCACUGGGCAGAAAUAAGAGACGGGUCGUGUCCUGGGAAGGUUAUGCAGGAAGAUGCCCUCUUCUUCCAUAUGUGCUGGCUGUUUGGUUUUCUAAAAAAUCCAGGGACUUCUGAAUGCCCACAGUUAGCGUUUAAUAAUUUUGCAAUCAAAUGGGGGGGGGGGGUUAGUACUGAUUGAAAAAGACUCUUGAUUUUUCUCUUCUCUUCCAAUGACAAAUAAAAUUGCUUUACCUGCAUUUAAUGCAA